AUGGCGCCACGUCGCAAUCACAAUACCAACAGCAUUGUAACGCAGCAGCAAACACCGCAACAACAAUCAACCGCAAAUCAAACGUCGUCGUCAUCAUCCUCCUCAGCAUCUUUGUCAUCGGUGGUGGCAGGCGGCGGUGCGACAUCUUCACCGUUUUUGGUGGCCAAUUCUGGCACGGCGUCAUCAGCGGCAACGACGCUUUUUAAUAGCUUCUAUACGACGUCAGCACCUACGCAACACAACGAGGAAUCUGGGAUUAGCAACAGCAUCAGCAACAACAACGGUAAUACGAAUAACGGCGCCAACAAUAUGUCACCCAUGCAAACCGCAAUAACCACCAGCAACAACAAUAAUACAUUGACUCCUAAUCAUAACAACAGCAGCAACAACAAUAAGGGAGAUCAAUAUGUUCGUUGUUGCCAUCCUGGCGGUGAGUGCUUCAAAUCCGAUUCUCCCCUGAUCAAUUUGGAUGAUCUCGCCGAUUGUGUGAAAGUGAUUUGCAACAAUGAGAAUUGUAAUGUGGGUCAGUAUAUGCAUCGGGAGUGCUUCGAAAAUUGGGAACAGUCCGUUCUACAAUCCCUCAAGUCAAUGGGUGGUAGGGCCCGAUCAUGGUCUGAUAGGCAAAGGGCACAAAAUCUAUGGACUAAGAAAGGUUACGAUUUGGUCUACAAGGUAUGUGGCUGUAAAUGUACUCGAGGCCAUUUACGCAAGGAUUUGGAAUGGGUAGCACCCAAGCCUGCCGGUCAGCAACAAUAUUCCAUGAAUGGUGGCCAAAGGAUAAUGAAUGGUAAUGGUACCACAAAUGGUGGAUCCCAGCAGCAGCAGUCGCAGCAACAAACAACGCAAGCGAAUAAAACUUUGGCACCUUUGCAGGUCAAUGGUCAGCAGCAGCAGCAAUCUCAACAGCAACAACAACAAAUGUCCAAUGGAGUUUCUUCCAAUGGAAAUAAUUGUGCGCUGGAACACAAAACCACCGAUAACAACCAAGUUGGUCAUCACAAUUCUUCUUCUUCUGCUACUUCAAAUUCCACAUCUUCUUCAAUCACUAACAAUAGUACACCCAAUGUAGGUGUCAUUGGUUCGGGUUUGCAUCAUCAGCAACAGCAACAAAAUCAAAUACAAAACAACACCCAAUCUUCUUCGGGCCUAGCUGAGCUACCGGCCACCGUCAUGUCCUCAAUCAAUAAUCUAUUGAAUGGCUCCAAUAAUAUUUUGGGUUUGGAUUUACGCCCACGCACCAAUAGCCUCUCAUCGGCCAGCAAUAGCCACAGUGGUUCCACCUCACCCUCGGCCAUAUCCUUCUGCAGUGGUGCUGGUGAACUAACCAUGGUUCCAGCACCAACCACCAUCACCAUAUCUUCCAACGGUCUGGCGAAUGGCACCAGCGUCACCACCAAUCAAUUGGCCACAUUACAAAAUUUAAAUUUAAAUGGAUUUUAUCAACCUCAGGCCAACUUAAACAAUCAGCAGCAGCAACAACAACAUCAAACCUCAUUAAUGCAACAACAGCAGGCUCAAUCAUCUCUAACUAAAAAUAUUCUUAAUGGAUUACAAUCGUCUGUCCUGUUGGGAAAUGGUGUAGGCGGCGGUCUAGGAUCUUCUAAUCCGGCUACUACCGCAUCAGUAGUUGCAACCACAGCUUUAUUGAUUAAACAACAACAACAGCAGCAGUGCUCUUCUGCCAAUGGUCUCAAACAUUUGUCACCAUUCGAACAGCAACAAUUGCUGUUGCAACAAAAAGUCAAAGAGGUGGAAUUGUAUUCGGAGAGAGUUCGGUAA